CGCCGGCGCUGGACGCUACUGUUUACUUUUCAACUCUCUCUACUUGCUUGUUGAUCAAUCUGAAAUUUACCAGUCGCUCGUUUCUACGGCCAGAUUGCUUCGAUCGUGUACGGAUGGCAUAAACAGAAAAACACAAGAAGACAUCCUGUCAGCCGUUUGGUAAUAUCCAAGCACGUCAACCUGCCACAUCCCCAAACCCUCUCCGUGGAUUUUGAACGAUGCAGUCUCGAGCCGUUCAGGUCCUACUUCUCAUCCUUUCGUUCGUGCUGGCUCUGUUCCUUCUCAUUGCCUCGUCCAAAUAUGCCGCCUGGGCGAAGGAAAUGACAACAACAACUGGGAUUUGGAUUCCUCUAGUCUUCUACAUCGGAGCCAUCCCGCUCACGUCCCUAGUAUACACCACAACGCACCUGGCAGCCAUGCAAUUCAACGCUCUUCCCGUUCCACCAUACCCAACCGGUGACACCGACACCGACAGCACGAAACCUGGGUCCCCUGCCUCCCGAGAGGCAUCAUCGUACGACUACGACAUCGACUACGGCGUCAGCAGCACAAUGUUCGUGCUGGGGAUCUCGAUCCUUCAUUUUCUAGCGUGGUUCGCCCAAUCCAUCCUCUGCACCUCUUGCGAACUGGCGCCCAUUCUCGCAGGCACCCAAGGUCUCGUGCCCCGCUGGUGUCCGCAGUUUCGGUUCAAAGAUACCGGCAAACCCGGGCUUGACGACAUGCUCGCCAAGCUCGCCACGGUCAAGGACUUUAUGCAGUGGGGGAUGGUGCUGUUGACGAUUGCGCUGGUUGAAUGCGCUAGGCGCGAGUAUAUUCGUGCCUCGCGUGUUCAGCAGGAAAUGUUUCGUGGCGCAGGGGCCGGCGUAGAUUUUGGGGGACCCAGUCGUGGGGCGCCGUCCGAAAAUGGGAAGCACUCUGGUGUCACUGCCACAACGGUGGAGUUGGGUACUUUCACAACAACGGUCGAGAUAUCAAAGCAGGUUGACGACCCUGCGCAACACCAACAACUCGUCAACAAUAUGGCAGAAACGCAGUUUGUGGCCCGGUCAAUGUCCACGAGAUUACAACCAAACCCACGACUGCCGGCGCUGCCGCCGGGUGUGGACCCACCACAACGAACACUGUCGCGAUCUCGUGGCCCUCAACAACAACAAAAUGCCACUGCCACUGUCGGCCUUGCACGCGGUCCAAGUCAGAGCCGCAAUCGAGAGCAAACACCAGCUUACCAGAACCAGAGAACAGCGAGCGUUGCUCCAACUGGGCUCAAGAGGACAGGAACGCUGAAUCACAUGUACGAGUCCAGGGUGUAGUAAAACAUGUGGGAAUGGAAUGAACUACAUUAGCUAAAGCUAUACAACGCCACGUUACGUUUCUCCUUCAUGUUGAAAUACCUUUUUUAUAGCAAAUAGUAUUCAUGAAUACGAUUCAUGCAUGUUGCGGUAUUUGGCAGAAUUCAAAGUGAGGUCGCAUAC